AUGGACACUGCAACAGUUCUUCAAAUCUUAAAGACCAUCACGGGUAUCUUAGGUAUUGCAGGGAACGGCUUGGUGUGUGUGGUCAUUGCUAAAGUUCCAGCCAUGAGGACGCUGACCAACACUUUCAUCUUCAACCAGGCGUUGGUCGAUUUCCUUGCUUCUCUGUCGAUGAUCCUACAGAGUAAUAUUCAUAUUUCAUCGCUGAGCCCUAACAGAGUCAUUGCCUUCUUACAGUGCAACGUCUGGGAGACGUCUCUGAUCCUGUGGACCUUCUUCACUGCCUCCACCUUCAACUUGGUCCUGCUGACCUCCGAGCGAUACUUUGCCAUCGUCUACCCGUUCAGGUACCUAGCUUACUUCAGUAUCCGACGCGCCACUGCCAUGAUUGUUGUGGUCUGGCUGCUGGCAAUCGGUUACAAAUUCCACAUUGUGGUGUAUCACCAAAUCGAGAAAGGUGAGUGCGUGCCUGCUACUCUCUCGAAGACUGCUCUUCGGGUAGAUGGCACCAUCACUUUCCUCAUCGAGUACCUGCUUCCUCUGAUCUUCAUGGCAUCUUGCUACAUCCAUAUCAUCCUUCAGCUGAAGAAAGCCUCGUCUAUCGUCCACGCCGAGCCGUCAACCAGCCAACAAGGAGACAACAGUAUGAGUGGAUCCCUGCUUCGCGCCCGACGCAACACGCUGAAGACGCUCUUCAUCGUCUUCUUAACGUACACCAUCUGCUGGUCGCCGAGUCAAAUCGCGUUCUUCAUGUACAACUUUGGACUGGACUUGAAUUUGCAGGGGGCGUUCUUCAUCAUCUUUGUUGUCCUGGCUCAACUCAACUCUUGCGUGAACCCCGUCAUCUAUGCGUUCAAGUACAAGCAGUUCCAGAGGGGUGCGCGGGCUUUGCUGAAAUCGUGUUUUCCCAGUCUGACCGAGCCACGUAACGAAGAUAAUGUAGGCCUAUCAAUUAUAGUAAGAUCCAAGACGCAGGCAAAGUCAGCAAAACAAGGACCAACUACAAAUAAUGGAGCCGACAGCAAAUCCGCAGAAACUGGUUAA